AUGACAUCCAAACAUCCAUAUGUAUACAUGACUGAUCAAAAAAUCAAUCCUUUACUCAUUUGUUGUAUAUGUCAAAAACCAUUCGUAGAUCCAGUCACGACCGUCGAUCAUAGACGAGGUUGUCGAGCAUGUCUCACGGAAUAUUCGUCACAUCGAUUGCCGUCAGUAACUCCAAUUCAAGAAUGGAUUGUACUAGAAAUGCUCAAUAGUCUUCUGGUAGAAUGCACCAGAUGUAAAGAAAUAAAUAUUCGACGAGGUGAUCUAAAACAACAUGAAGAAGAAUCAUGUAAACGAGCCUUUGUACUUUGUAAAGCUGCCGAUAUAAAAUGUCCAUGGAAAGGUGUACGGGAAGAAUUAGAUGCACAUCUGGAACAAUGUGUUUUUGAGCCACUAAGACCAGUGCUAGCUGAAAUAAUUAUGGGCAACAAACAAUUUAAAGAAAAAAUAGAUACAUUAGAAAUAUUAAUUAAAAAAUUCACGAAAGAAAUUAAAUGA